AACAGAUGCUUCGACAGGUCAACAUUGAUAAACCAGUGUCAGACAACUCUUUCCAAGGAGCAAACGCUCCUAAUUACCUAUUCUACUUGAUAUGAAUUGUAUAAAUUACUUGAAUUUCACUUCAUAUAAAUCGUGGCAAUGAAAAAAGAGAUCCUUUGUUAUAGCCCUCUCCCUAAAGAAAAGUCGACCCCUUAUUCUUCUUUACUCAGCUGAGAUCAUCAAUUACUCAUCCUAGUCGAAGCAAACGACAAGAAACUUAGCCUCUCUUUAUCUUCUCGGGUAUAGUAGUCGCCUAAAGCUACCCCAUCGGAAGAGAAUUAUGUGAUUGACGGACAUUGGCUUUCGCCACAAAUUUACAAACACUAUGAGACCUAUGUUGUUGUAUGCCUGACGUAGUCGCAAUUAAUAUGCAUUGCCCCUUUGAUUUAACGGCCCGCGCCUCUUUCCUAAAAGAUAGAAAGGAGAAGACACAAAAAGGCUUUGUGCUCUUGAUCUAUUCAUAGCAAAAUACUCUUAAGGCAAGCCCCGCGGCGGGAUGUUGACCAUACUUCUGGGCCGAACAACUUUGCAAACCUCAAAACUUCUCAGAGAAACGAUUAUAGUCUGAUACUCGGUUCAUUACUUGCAUUUGAUACCUUCUAGUCAUCAUACCAGAUCCAAUGACAAGCGAUGUGAACGUUUCGAGGCGCCCGAGUCUCGAGCCCAUAUGGACUAACUACCGGAGCCACGGCAGUUUGCCUAAUACGGUCUACCGGCCAACUCCUAUAAACGCAAGUCUGUCUCCGUCGCCGCUAUCUCCCAAAAGUCUCCCAGGUCCUAGCCCGGUUCAUCCUGCCUCGUAUGAUAAAUCGAUGCGGAAGCAAGAUCGAGCCCUUGUCGACAGUUUCGAUCAGAGGACACGACACGUGGUGAACACAGCACCUCUGACCCCCAUCGAUGAGUAUUCGCCGUCACCCUUAGUUGCGAGGCUCGAAAAGAUUAGCAUCCUGCCACCGAUGAGCAUCUCUCAUGGCUUACCAACGCCUGCCUCGCCCAGUAUUCCUCCCCGGAGAGACAGCUUGAACGCCUUAGAGCGAUCUGGGUCGCUAAGUGGCAUGUCCGGACCUCAAGAUAGGAGCCCCGGUUACUACACUCGGGAUGUGUCGCCGGUAUCUCCGCGAAGGAAUUCAGUCUCGGGGGUUCAUGACCAACUCCGGAGUUGGGGACACGUUUACUACGGCAACGCUAAGACGGCCGACGCAUUCAUUAUUGCCAGAUCUCUGCGCCGCCGUAGCAGCGGCUCUCCAACGGAGGUUACGAGACCAGCGGGAGCAUCCAUGAAAAAUCGGUUGACCGUUCGCGCCAUCGUGCGACCUCGCGCUCUUGAUAGACCGUCAUUUUUGAUCCAACGCAAUUUCGAUAUAGACGAGCUUCGGGCGACGAUACCGGACCCGCCACCGCAAUCUCAAAUCAGCGGAAGUCCAAACGAGUGGCGGCGUCCUAGUCUCCCGUCGAUACUAUCCAGCGGCACCCCACCCCCGGCGCAACCAAGGUCAAGGCGUUCUAGUAGCGUUCGGUCGGGAGCGCUGUUACGAUCAGGCACCGGCAGCAUAGACCUCGACAGCUUAGUCCGAGACGCGAGAGCGGUACCUGUCCAUCUCAAAUACGUGCGCGCGUACCUACCCGUCGUUGCGGCAUUAUUAGUGUCCGGCCACAUUCACGAGGGAGAUGUCGUCUACUUACCGAUGCCACAUGCCGAAUCGUGGCCGCAGACGGCCCAGUACGUGUAUACAGGACAGGGCGAGCUGACGGAAGCGAUCAAGGAGAACAUAUUGUAUCUAGCUGGGAAGGUUUAAUUAUCUUGUAGGUAUCUGUUAUUAUCCUCUGUGUACAUGAUCUCCUUCUUGUUUCUACUUGGAUGGAAGGUGGGUUUACGGGAGCAAUGGGAGUAUGCAGGUUCCAGUCCAUGAAUGUAGAUGGCUUGAGCUGGAAGAAACAUGAUGGAGGAAAGGGAUUCAAUAGGUACAUAAUAUUUAAUAGGAAUUAUGCGUAUAUUUUCAAA